CAUUAACUAGUUAAUUUUAUGUAUACUAUGUUAUCUAUGUUAUCUAUAUCUAUCUAGUCUGUUUGGUGUUCGGUUUGUUUAAUUUUAAUUUUUUUAAAACACAUUCAUUACUUAUUAUAUUUUUCAGUAUUUUAAUAUUUUUUCUCAAUUUUUACAUUGUUUUACUUCAUUAUUUUAACUUUAUCCAAUAUAAUUUUAAUCUUCUAAGCUAUUUAUCUGAAAUUUUUAUUUAUGUGUCGUUAUAUUUUCCUACCACAAUAUAUUACUAUUAUGGACUUUAUUCAUUCAAUGUUCUAUGGAUAAUAAAGAAAAUGUAUCCAAAAGGGUUUGGAAAGAAGUCAUUGAUCCUUCUUCUCGCUCAGUUUAUUACUGGAACAUUUCAACUGGUGAAACAUCCUGGGUGAACCCUUCCAACGACGAAUCUUCCAAAGAUUUUGAUUCCUUUGAGGAUAGGGUUUCUCAUGAUACUAAGGUAAUUAUUGACAAACUAGUUCACAGGGUUGAAAGGAUAAAGUUUUUCUUUGACGAGAUUAACUUGAUAAGUGAUGUUUGCGACUACACUAGAUCCCAGGAUAUAAAUUCCUUUAAAGAGACUAUUGAGCAGUGUUUGACUGAUUUGAACACUAUAUUAGAUGUUGUAACUCCAAGGACUAAAACACAGAAGAAGUAUUCCGCCUUAAAGAAAGUUUUAACUGACCACAGGAACUACCUUAAGAACAACAAUAAUGUUUCUGAUGAGCUGAUAAACAUUGUUAACUACGCUAAGGCUGAGAUUGAGCGUGGUUUGGACAAUAUAAAGAGGUUUCCUGCCUCCAACGAUGUGCUUCUUGACGACUUUAAAGUUUAUAUGGAGAAGAGAAAACUCGAUGUCACAACGGACAAAUCGCCUAAAUCUAUAGAGUUUUUGAAAAAGCAUAAAGCUAGUUUAGAAUCACCCACUAAACCUGAAUCCACUCAUUUUCAUCAGUCUGAUCCAAUUUUAUCAAAAACAGUUGAUAAAAAUAGGAGUAGCUCCUUGAAAUCAAUCCAUGAAAGGUGGAACAGAGCUUCUGAGGUCAUAGAUAACUCUGAGGAUGGCUCUAAGAAGCCAAAGGCCCCAAAUGUGCCACAAUUCCAUAACACCGAGAAAGAUAACCCCAAUUUGGUCCCCAUCACCAAACCUUGGUAUAAGAAUUAAUGUUAUACUUAUAAAUAUUAAACCUUGGUAGCAAUUUGAGUAAUUUCAGCAAUCAAUCUCUUAGUGGUA